AUGAAUAGAAUUGAUAUAUCGAAUUUUGAUUUUCUAUAUGUAAUAGGAAAAGGAACUUAUGGAAUUGUAUAUAAGGCCUUAGAUAAAAAAGAAAAUAACUUUGUGGCAAUAAAAAAAAUUAUAAAUCUUUGUGAUGAAAAUUAUGGAAUAAGCAAGUGUAUAUUAAGAGAGUUGACCAUACUACAAAAAAUUAAACACAAAAAUAUAAUAAAUUUAAAAUACGUAUUUUAUGGAAAAGACAUAGAAGAGAAACUGAAAGGAGAAAACCUGGAAAAUUCGUGUUUAUAUUUGGCCUUUGAAUAUUGCGAUAUAGAUUUAUUUAAUUUAAUUAAAAAGCAUAAUUUGAAUAUUAAAGAAAUAAAAUAUAUAAUUUUUGAAUUAUUAUUAGCAUUAAGUUAUUUUCAUUCAAAUAAUUAUAUACAUAGAGAUAUAAAACCAGAAAACAUAUUUAUUACAUCUCAAGGGCAAAUAAAAUUAGGAGACUUAGGUAUGUCGGUUGAAAAAAGUGAUAACAUGACACCUACAGUUGUAACCUUAUGGUAUAGGGCUCCAGAAAUUUUAUUGAAAUCAACGAAUUAUGACCAGAAGAUUGAUAUAUGGAGUUUGGGUUGUUUAUUCAUGGAAUUAAUACAGGGAAA